UCAUACUCUUGACCGUUUCCAAAACCAACACAAAGACACUCUCGCAUGCUUUAGUUUGCUAGUAGGCUUUGGACGAGUACACUAGUAGGCCAUGGAUAAUAAGAAGAUCCAGUAUUAUCUACCACCGGGAUGUUGCGAUGACGCCCAAUCCUUGUUGGAACAGGAAGACUUGACCGAGCAAGAUGUGUUGGAUUUUGUGUCGGACGGAAAGCUCCCGGAACGAGAAGAUGCCGGCAAAGAGAUGAGACAAGCUCUGAUUGAUGCCUAUCAUGAACGACGGCGAGAAAUCCGAGAUUUGGCGUGGAAAUUUUGGCAAGGUCAAGCUUUUGUGGAUGAAGAUGGUCGGUUGGUACCCGUGGGCGAGAAUCACAACAAUGAGGCUGGUAUCCUGCAGGAGGCAGGAGGCGGGCAGCUUCCUCCCUUGCCGAAUCCCGUCAACAACAACAACAACGGCAAUAAUAUGGCUCCGCCCUUCUUGCUGGCUCCCGCGAACUUGAUGAAUGGUGGGGGUAACAAUAAUAAUAAUGGCGCAAUCAACAACAACAACAACAAUAAUAAUGACAACAACAACAAUUUGGGAAGGAACGUGGACAACAGGAACAAUGACAAUAAUGACAAUUUCAACAUGAAUGCUCCCGUCGUCAACAACAAUAUUCCAUUCCCAUUGGAUCUGGAAGAGGAAGAACGGAGAUGGACGGAAGAGGAAGAACGAGAAGCGGCACUGGCCAUUGCUCGAGCGGUGGAGCGAUAUCGGCAGCAAGCUGUUCCAGAGGAAGAAUUUGUCUUGCUACGUGUCCCACCCAUGGAACGACCGGAACGAGCUAGCUUGACAUUUCGACGCAUCUGCUUUGCCGUCCUUGCCGUUGCUGUCGCCUUUAUCUGUAUCAUGUUGCAAACUAUUCCCUUGUUUCCACGCGACAAACGCCCAGAUCCACUCUUUGACAAGCUCCUCUAUGAACUACUGCACGUGAGACACUUUACAGACCAUGCCAGAGACUGUCCCGAUUUAAAUCGUUCUCCACUUUCCAAGACAUUGUAUCCAUCUUGGUGGACAGAAACACAGUUAUUCAAACCCAUCGAGUGGCUUCUUUCCUCCUACUACUACACCAGCAUAUCAUCAGAAAACCAACCAGAACUUGAUGUGGAUUGCAGCGAUGGUGUUGUUCAUGUCCCCACCAAAACUGUGCUGGUGGAUUCCUUCUUUGAAGCAUCCACCAAGGGACAAGCUGCCUUUUGGGAACCGUACUUACUCGGUGUCAAUGUCAGUUGGUUCAUGCCCUGCAAUCCCCCUAUCAAUGCCAGUACCAUGUGUCAAUCACCAACACGACAACAACAGGAGAUGACAACAACAACAAAUAAGGAUCAGUCUACGGACGACGAUGCCUGUCCCAUAUCGGAGGAUCCCCAACACAUGGAGGAUCAUAAAUGCUUUCGGGGAAUUCACGACAAUUUGAUUACUGACCAAGAUAUUGGCGAAACCUUGCGAAUGGGAGCCGAGUUGAUUCAAGUAGGUUGGGACCAUUUUGAUAUUCACUAUGAUGCCCGAUACCUUCGACAUUUGGAGGGGCGACUUCCCGCUCUUUUGGAAACCAUUCGGAGCCUCUUGCGCGAUACCUAUCGGGUGGGAUCCAACCACACGAAACUCAAACCGGUGGCCUUUCGAGUGAGUGCUAGUGGUCCCCUCGAUGGGGGGAAUUUACCCUUGCGUGGUAGCCUCAGCCAGACAUCGAGCUAUCUGCUCCGAGUCCUGAACCGACAGCGGUACGUCCGAUGGAUUGAGAAACACAAGCGACACAACGAGCUUGCUCGGUACUCGCUUCCUUGGCCAUCCACUCGACGGGAACCGUUUCGUGAUCCCUGCGUGCUCAUUGCCGAUAUGGAAGCCGAUCCCCGCUUUGCAAUUCACACUUCAGUGUUCCUUUCGACUGGAGCUGGCCACGACUUUCGAGGCGGAGUUUCACUCUUUGUCGACGAUCAUCCAUCCAAUUCCAAUCCUCGACGCAAAAUCCAACGAGGCGUCACCAUUGAUGGUUCACGAGGGCGGUUGGUGGUAUCUACCGGUGGGCUGGAGAAUCGACGGUGUAGGCUUCCGACCAGAGAAGGCAUACGCGCAGCGCUUCAAAUCUGGUGGAGCUGUGAGGAGAACAACGAAAACAACACCGAUGCAAUGCUUGGCGAUGAACCGCUGGAGAAGAUUUCCGACAUUGUACCUUCCAGGUCGAGGCUUUGGCCAGUCUUUCAUGACCAAAAAUGAUUGAAUAGUUUUGCUUUGACUCCCGCUCAGUCCGUGACUGAUGGUCUCGAUCAAUGACACAACCGUCGGGGUUCGGUUCGGUUCAAGGCUGUCGGCACAGAACUGUACGCUUUUUUAUCGGGAAUCGGGACACUUUGCCCAACAACCACCAUUGGGCUUCGUUUAGGACAAUUGUUGGGACGUCGUUGGCAUUCUGCAAAGUUUCAAGUUUCUACAAUAGUGCAAAGAGUUCGAGUGUGUUGGCACAGGAUCGAGUCUUUGCGACUUCUUUUUCCUUUGACGUAGCGUUUAUCAAUUGCAGCAAAAAGUGAGUAUUCUAAAUAUAAUUUACUGGGAUUGACAGAGUCAACCCAUCAAGCC